AUGUCUAGCCUGAAGAAAGAUUACCCCUGGAUCCAGCUGCCACUAAUAACAUGCGCUCCCAUGCUGCCCGUAGCAACAGGCGAGCUGGCCGCAGCCGUCUCGGCGGCAGGCGGAAUCGGCUUCAUCGGACUCGGCAACAACAUCCACACCCUUGACGACCAACUCACUCUCGCCGCUCACCACCUCCAAACAACUCACGCCAAAACCACCCUCCAAACCCCCGACGCAUCCAUCUUACCCGUCGGAGUCGGCUUUUUAAACUGGGGCGUUAACCUCGAUGAUGCACUGCCUGCUAUAAAAAAACAUGUUCCGGCAGCUAUAUGGUUGUUCGGCGCAGCUCGCGAGACAAUGGCUUCCCUCUACGCUUCAUGGAUCACUCGAGUCCACCAGGAGACAGCCGGCCGCACCAAGGUCUGGGUACAGGUCGGUUCAGUCGCGGAUGCAUUGACACUCACUGCCGAAGCACCGCCGGCCCACAGACCAGAUGUGCUUGUUCUGCAGGGCGUGGAUGCAGGCGGACACGGCCUCAAGAACGGAGCAGGAAUAAUCACCCUCCUACCUGAAGUGCGAGACACUUUGGCUUCGCAUGGUGAGCUUUCCGCCAUACCGCUGAUAGCAGCAGGUGGUAUAGUUGAUGGACGAGGCGUGGCUGCGGCACUGUGUCUGGGUGCCGACGGUGUGGCUAUGGGCACGCGGUUCCUGGCUUGUUCGCAGACGGCUAUUAUGAAGGGGUAUCAGGAUGAACUAAUUCGUGCUCGGGAUGGGGGACAGAGCACGGCUCGCACUACGAUAUAUGAUCGGCUCAGGGGGUAUGUUGAGUGGCCGGAGGAGUAUGAUGGGCGUGGAAUGGUAAAUCAGAGCUACUUCGAUGACCAGGCUGGUAUGUCUGAUGAAGAGAAUAGACGGCUAUAUGAAGCUGAAAAGGCCAAAGGGGACGCAGGAUGGGGUGUUAAGGGCCGCAUGACUUCUUAUGCCGGGACGGGAGUUGGGUUGGUUAAAACUGUGUCCACGGCGGAGGAGAUAGUAAGCAGCGCUCGAGAGGAAGCUAGGAAGUUGGUGAAGAUAGACAACUAG